AUGGACCCGGGUGCCCUCUCCGUGCUCCUCGCCGACGAGCACGUCUGCGGCCUGCAGGUCCGCCGCGGUGCCGGGGAGUGGGUCACCGUGCAGGGACCCCGACAACGGUGGCGCAACGACGGCUGCGCGCCGCAUGUCCCACGGCAGCGGACCGGCGGCCGGCGCAGCAAGGCCCGCGGCGACUCGGCGCGUGGGGUGCGCGGCGAGGCCCACGGCGGCGCGGGGGAGCCGAGCGGCGGCUCACAGCCCGUGCUGCCGAGUAAUCCAAUAUUUGAUAAACCAGUUAAGACGAGCUCCAGUGUCCGCAGUGUUGUUCUGGACUACACAGAAAACACUCCAUUUCCCCAAUUUACACUGAAAUUUGAAUAUAUCGGAUAUCUUGAAAUUCAUAACCUUGAUUGCACAAAAUUUCUAGAAGCCAUCUCAAGUUGUUGGAACUUGCAGUCACUUCAUUUAAUCACGUGCAAAGGUCUUGUUGCAUUACCAGAAUCUAUUGGCAAGCUUAAGAAGCUCCGAAUUCUAGAGUUGAAUUUUGCUUAUGAUCUUGACAGUUUACCUCAGUCAAUUGGUGAUUGUCGAGACCUUCAAUCCUUGAUUCUGUAUCAUUGUGAAAAAUUCAGAGAGACACCUGGCACCAUAUGUAAAAUUAAAAACUUGAGGGGCCUUCAUAUAUCUUCGUGUUACUUUCUGAAACAAUUUCCAUCAGAAUUCGCCGGGGUCUUCAGCAACUUGCAGACAAUCAACUUAGCUAAUGCUACAGAGUUUCAGGGACUGCCAAGCACAUUAUCAUGCCCACUGUUGUGUACACUUGAUCUUUCUAACACCAAAGUUACCUUGCUACCUCCAUGGAUUACUACAAUUGAUACUCUAGAGUGUAUAAACCUUGAAGAGUGCUUUGAGCUAGUGGAGCUGCCUAAAGGUAUAGGUAACUUGAAAAGACUUGCAGUUUUGAACAUAAAGGGUUGCAGCAAACUGCGUUGCAUGCCGUCAGGUAUUGGACAGCUGACCCGUUUAACACAGCUGGGCUUGUUUGUUGUCGGGUGUGGUAGAGAUGAUGCGAGAAUCUCGGAGCUUGAAAAUCUUGAUAUGCUAAGUGGUGAAUUGGAAAUUAGAAACCUUAAGUACGUGAAGGAUCCAUGUGAUACUGAGAAGGCUUGCUUGAAACAAAAGAAUGGCAUAAAGAAUCUGGUUUUGGACUGGUCUUUGAGUGAAGGAGAAGAAGAGUUAGCUUCAGAUGUGGAACAAGAGCAGGGUGUGCUGAGUGGUCUUGAACCACCAUCGCAAAUUGAGAGCUUGGUAAUUUGUCGUUACCAAGGUCCUUGUUUGCCACGGUGGUUGAUGGAGCAGAAUGGUUCUUCUUACUCUGAAGGCACUACGUUAAAGCAAACAGGUCCUUGUCAGUACCUGUCUUUAACAUAUCUGACACUAUUUCAGUCUCCCAACUUGAAGCAUAUGCGAGGACUUGUGAGAUUUCCUUCGCUGAAGUCCCUCAAACUGUCGGAAAUGGCAAGUUUAGAGGAGCUGUGGACUAUAGCAAGCGGUAUAGAAAUUCAAGAGGUGGAAUUAAGUGCACAAUAUUGCUUUCCAAUCCUAUCCAACCUAUACAUAGAGAACUGCCCGAAAUUGAGUACUGUGAAGCCAUACUUGCCACCAUGGCUGGAGGAGCUGUGUUUGCGUGAAAGCAACUUUCAGCUGUUAUCCCCAAGUAACUUCUCUCGUCUGCUUCCAUCACCUUCCAAUGAAUCCUCAUCGUCCAGCAGCCUGCACUCAGCAGUAGUAGGAUCAUCAUCUGACUGGGAAUUAUUGCGGCACCAUACUAAGCUGGGAGAACUGUGCUCCUUACGAGAUCUGGCUCAGUAG